AUGGAGGCACUGCGUUCCCAACUGGUUCAAUACCGGAUGUUUUUUCAAAUGAUCCUUGUGCUGGGGGUUGGUGGGACCCUCUCGAUUGGUUAUCAGAUUUCUGUGAUCAACUAUCCCUCUGUGUUCAUCAAGAGGUUCAUGAAUGAAACCUGGUUUGAGCGCUCUGGAUCUCCCCUCCCCAAGAAGACCCUCCUCUUCUUGUGGUCGUUCAUUGUGUCUGUCUAUGGUGUAGGAGGAUUCCUAGGCUGCCUGGGCAGUGGCUACCUGACUGUGAAAUAUGGCAAGAAGGUAACGAUGCUGGGGACCGACCUGCUCGUCCUGGCGACGGCUGUCCUCGUGGGCUGCAGCAAGGCGGCCAAGUCCUUGGAGAUGCUGCUGAUCGGGCGGCUUCUCUUCGGUGUCAGCGCCGGCUUCUGCAUGACCGCCCAUCCCCAGUAUGCGGGAGAAGUUUCCCCCAAGAAGCUACGAGGCUUUGCAAAUGCCACCUCUGCCCUUUUUUGGUCGCUGGGGAAAUCUUGGGGCCAAAUCCUGGGGCUCAGGGACUGCCUGGGGACUGACUCCUGCUGGCCUCUGCUUCUGGCCUUCACUGGGGCGGGGGCCCUGCUCCAGCUGCUCACGUUGCCUUUCUUCCCUGAAUCUCCACCGUACCUCUUGAUCCAGAAAGGAGAUGAAGGCAGCUGCUUGAAGGCCAUGCAACAGCUCUGGGGCCCAGGGGGUCACCAGGAGGAGCUCCGUGCCCUGAAGCAGGAAGCGGAGAAGUGCUGCAGAGUCCUGAGUGCAAGAGAGCUGCUCAGAGAUGGGUCUCUACGCCCACAGCUGCACGUCCUCAUUGCUGCCGUUCUCACCCUGCAGCUCUGUGGCAUCAAUGCAGUCUACUUCUACACUUUUGAAGUCUUCCGUGCUGCUGGCUUUGAAGAGGGCCUCAUCUCCUACCUCUCGCUGGGCGUGGGCUUCUGUGAGCUCUUCUCCACUCUUCUCUGCAUCCUCACCAUUGAGCGGUUUGGCCGGAGGACCCUCCUGUGCCAGGGCUGUGGGGUGAUGGUGCUCUUGCUGUGCCUCCUCACCGCCACCCUCUCCCUGCAGAAUAAGUAUCACUGGAUGUCUCACUGCAGCGUCGCGCUGAUUUUCCUCUUUGUUUUCGCCUUUGGAAUCGGGCCAAAUGGAGCCAUAACGUCUGUCAUGAUGGAAAUCUUCAGCCAGUCCUCCAGACCAGCAGCUUUCAUGAUUGGCGGCUGCCUGAAUUGGGCGGGCCUCUUUGUUAUUGGAAUAACCUUCCCAUUUGCUGUGAAAGGUCUGGGCCCUUUCUGUUUCCUCAUCUUCAUGGUUGUCCUUGUGGGAUCAGGAAUGUUCUUCUACCUGUUCCUUCCAGAGACUAAAGGGAAAUCCAUUGUGGAAAUCACAGAGGAAUUCAACACUUCACCUUUUCAGAGGAAACUUCCAGCUGUGCUUAGGACAGGUUUCCAGGAAGACCACUCUGCCUAUACAAGCUUUUGAGUUGACCAGGAAAGGGAGAAAAACCUAUUAGAAAGAGUUUCCAAACGGGACAUUUUCCAACAGGUCUUCACCCCAGGAAGAGACACUGCAACUUCCCCUGCACACUUUCCAUGCUCUGUCACUGUUUGUGCUCUGCUCACCCUCACCCUCCUGCACAAUUUGUGACCCUUUUUCUCCCCUCUUCAUUAAUGGCUGCACUCAGGCUCCUUCCCCCCACUCCCCCACCCCACCCCCACAAACAUGCAGUCACUCAAAAAGUCCUCUUGUAAAUGUCAUCAGCUGAGUUUUUUUAACCUAAAGCUAAACCACCAUCAGCUUCAAAGCUGAGACUGUAGGUUAGACCCAAUUUCCAGGCGACACAAAAUAUACCUCCCCUCUUUUCUCUACACACUGAUAAGACUCUGUUAUUACACAAGGCAAUAGGAUAAUAUGCAUCCCAAGAGAUUUUGAAACAAUAUGAGUGAAUAAUUCAUUGUGGCUGUCAAGAGCAUCUCAAGUUUGGCUGGCUGAGGUGUGCUAGCAAUCUCAAUAGGUGGCCUCUUCUGCCAGCUGUCUCUGCAAGGGGGGAGGGGGGUGGUCUCCUCUUUUGCCCUUCACCCUCACUUGCAGACUGCCUGAAAGAGGAAUAGCUGAGAAGUGCUGGGAUUUUUGGAGACUGACAU